CGCCGCUGCGCGCGCGGCCUCUGCCUCCUCCUGGCCGUGCUGAGGGCGGCCGCGGCCCUGCAGAAUGUCACCGCGCAGCUCUUCGGGGCCGAGGCCCAUGGCACGCUCGCGGCCUUCGGGGACUUCAACUCGGACAAGCAGACGGACCUGUUCGUGCUGCGAGGCGGAAAUGAGUUACUUAUAUUUUUGGCAGACCAAAAGGAACCAUACUUCAAGCCCAGAGUUAGGUUAUCAAUGAAACCUCCAAGCAUGAUAAUAACCAGUGUGGUUCCUGGAGAUUAUGAUGGUGAUUCACAAAUGGAUGUCCUCCUGACUACCCGAACUCAAAAUCAUGGCAAAGAUGAACUUUCAGUGUUUAUUUUCUGGGGGCACAACCAAACCUUAGAUUUUAACCAUAAGAAAGUGUUAAAUAAGACUUUUUAUGAUGAGCCUCUAAUAAUGGACUUCAAUGGUGACUUGAUUCCUGACAUCUUUGGGGUCACAAGCGAUUCAAAUAAACCACAGAUAUUCAUAGGCGGGAACUUUUCAUGGCAUCCUGCUUUGGACAUUCCUAGCAAAAUGUAUAUACCGCACUCUCAUGCAUUUAUAGAUCUGAAUAAUGACUUUACUGCUGAUUUGUUCCUUACUACACUACCAGAUUCACAAAACAUACAGUUUGAGACUUGGAUAAAUAAGGAUGGGAACUUCUCUAGAGUGGGAAAAAGUAAGGAAAAACCUGAGGGUAUGCAAGUUGUUGGACAGUCCGUUUUUGCUGAUUUUGAUGGGGAUGGACAAAGUGAACAUCUCUUACCAGUCUGUGAAGAUCCUAAAUGUCAAAAAAGUGCCAUCUACUUAUCUAAGCUGGGAAUGGAUCAGUGGGUUCCAGUCUUGCAAGACUUCAGAAAUAAGGACACGCUUUGGGGCUUUGUACCAUACGAAAAGGACAGCUCUUCAGCAGCAGUUUCAUUUCCAAUUACACUUCACAUUGGAGAUUAUAAUAUGGAUGGCUACCCAGAUGCUCUUGCUAUACUAAGGAACACAUCUGGAAGCAACCAGCAAGCAUUUUUACUUGAAAACGUCCCAUGCAAUAACGUGAGCUGCAAGAGCGUACGUCGCAUGUUCAAAGUUUACUGGGAGCUCUCGGAUCUCAAUCAAAUCAAGGACGCAGUGGUGGCCACCUUCUUUGAUAUAUACGAAGAUGGGAUCUUGGAUAUCAUUGUACUAAGCAAAGGCAACGUCAGUAAGGAUUUCGCUAUCCAUACAUUAAAAAACAACUUUGAAGCAGAUGCCUAUUUUGUUAAAGUUAUUGUUCUCAGUGGCCUCUGUUCUAAUGACUGCCCUCGGAAAAUCACACCUUUUGGUGUUAAUCAGCCUGGUCCUUACAUCAUGUAUACAACCGUAGACGCUAAUGGGUACCUGAAAAAUGGGUCAGCUGGACAGCUCAGCCAGUCAGCACACUUUGCUUUGCAGUUGCCGUACAAUGUGCUGGGCUUGGGACGCAGUGCUAAUUUCCUUGACCAUUUGUAUGUUGGCAUUCCUCGUCCUUUGGGAGAAAAGUCCAUAAGAAAACAGGAAUGGACAGCUAUCAUACCAAACUCUCAACUUAUAGUCAUUCCAUAUCCUCACAAUGUUCCUCGAAGCUGGAGUGCCAAACUGUACCUGACCCCGAGUAACAUUGUGCUGCUAACAGCUAUUGCCCUAAUUGGUGUCUGCGUUUUUAUCCUGGCAAUAAUUGGCAUAUUACACUGGCAAGAAAAGAAAGCAGAUGACAGAGAGAAGCGACAGGAAGCUCAUCGGUUCCAUUUUGAUGCUAUGUGACAUGCCUUAAUAUUUAUGAAGAAGCUGCUGCUCAUUUGCUUAAUUGAAAUACUGAAUUCUGAUUUGUAAAAUGAUUACUGUGAGACUAGUGCUGGUAUGCUAUUUGUAAAUGUUGCGUUACUUGGUAUUUAUUUGGAAAGUAUUAAAAUCAGACCUGAAUGUCUCACAAGGCCUUUCAGUAAACAGACUGUAUAUAUUAGUAUUUGGUCCUUAUUUAACAGAAACUGUAAAUUUAUUUUUCAUCGUGAGGAGGUCAUACUGCAUGUACCUCAUUGUUUACAUACCACCCCUUCUCCAGCACUAGUUGCUGGAAAGAUGUAAAUAAAGUUUAGCGUUUCACAGAGCAGAAUAUUUGGUAUCAUUUGAAUUGGUCGUCUCCUUUAUACGUUUUUGCAAAGUAAACUGCGUUCUGAAAAUUAGGCUUGAGCAAUUUCUCAGGCGAGACUUUAUCUGGUUUAUUCUGGUUGUACUAAAUGGUAUUCUGUCUGAAGUGCUCUGUAUUUUUCUUUGUUUCAGUCUGUAUGUGCAAUAGUUAAAGAAUUUAGGAACCUGAGAACUAAAGCAAACCUGUAGCAUUAAUGCUA